AAGAGAAAACUUGUACAGAAGGAUGGAUGGAGGAAGAUUCAGAAGGAGUGGGAGAAGGAGACGACAAAGGCUGCCCAGAAUUUUUCUGAAUUUUCUUGGGCUCUUCUCCUUUGGCAAGUGGAGAAUGACAGAAAAAUGUUAACAGAGCUACGUUGACUCUGCAGUGGGCUGGUAUCCCACCCUUACUCCUUUGCAGAUCCCGAAGACGUGCUCUCAAGGAAGCAUUGUUUCUAAAUGCCAUAAAAUAGCCUGCUUUCAGGUCUGAAGUGGGGACAACAUGUUGCCUCCUUUAAUUACAGCCUGAGAAUUAAUUUCAUAUGUGGAAGAACACAACAAAAAGAAAAGGAAAAUCUGCAAGACAUUUAAUGAUGAAAUAGUCUCAGUUCUCAUUAUUUUUCUCAUAUGCUUCUCCUCAAGCCAUGGAUGAAUACAGCUGCUUUGUGGAUUGGGACAAAAUGGAUGUUACUGUCCAGAGCCAGGAUGCAAAGGACCUGACCUGCACGGAGUUCCAGGAACUCAAGCAGCUGGCCCGACAAGGCUACUGGGCCAAGAACCAUUCUCUGAGAGCCAAAGUGUACCACAAGCUGAUUAGCAACAUCCCAUGCCGCACGGUGACCCCGGACGCAAAUGUUUACCGCGACAUUGUUGUGAAGAUUGUUGGAAAACGUAACAGUAGCUCCCUACCACUGCCAGAGUUUGACGACAGCCUGGUCCCUACGUACUGCUUGAAUGCUGAAGGCAUUGGGGCAGUCAGGAAGAUUAUUUUGUGCAUUGCAAAUCAGUUCCCAGACAUAUCGUUUUGCCCAGCACUGCCUUCAGUGAUAGCUUUGCUCCUUCACUACAGCAAGGAUGAGGCAGAGUGCUUUGAACAGGUUUGCCGCAUCCUUGCUUGCAACGACCCUUCGAAGCGGCUCAUUGAUCAGACGUUCCUAGCCUUUGAGUCCUCGUGCAUGACUUUCGGGGACCUGGUUAACAAGUACUGCCAGGCAGCACACAAGCUGAUGGUGGCAGUGUCCGAGGAUGUGUUAGAGGUGUACUCUGACUGGCAGCGGUGGCUCUUCGGAGAGCUGCCCAUGGUAUACAUCGCUCGGGUCUUUGAUGUGUUUCUGGUGGAGGGCUACAAAGUUCUCUAUCGCGUUGCACUGGCUAUUCUGAAAUCUUUUCACAAAGUCAGGGCUGGGCAGCCCAUGGAGUCUGACAGCAUACAGCAGGAUAUUCGAGCUUUUGUGAGAGACAUUGCGAAGUCAGUGUCUCCAGAGAGGCUUCUGGAAAAGGCCCUUGCUAUCCGCCUUUUCUCACGGAAGGAGAUCCAGCUGCUGCAGAUGGCCAACGAGAAGGCUUUACAGCAGAAGGGCAUCACAGUCAAACAGAAAAGGUAGGGGUCUCCCCACAGGUAGUCCGAGUGAUCUCCACUCCUGAGAUCCUGAGCUUUUCUCAGUCUGAUGAACAGUCCGCUAGUCUUGCGUGCCUGGUGGGGGAGAAGAGCUCUGCUGGUGCAUGCUGAUACCUCUGCUGACUUUUUCUGUGUGGACUUGGUUAGAAAAAGUCAGCAGCCCAAAACUUCAGAGUUGCUGGGACUGAGCUGAGAAGUGUGAUGAAUUCAUAAUUACUUUUUAUGGGUAUAUGUUGAUUGCAAAUACUGCAUCUCAAAAGUGUCUAUCACAGGCUGAUUUUAAACCAAAAGGCAUGUUAUUAAAGCUGGAAAAACACUGGUAACUUACUGGGAAGAGAAGUACCCAAAUAAAUACGAAGAAUCUUAAGAUGAGAUUAUUAGUAUAAAACAUGAAUUUCGUGCCGUCCAGUACUGUGAACCCAGGUGCUUCAUUACUGCAAGUAGGCAAACAGUGUCUGAGGUGGGCAUGUUUUCCUCACCUAGGGAGUUGAUUUUGUAAUAGGGAA